AUAAAUUAACGUUAACGGAAGUAUUAGCAUUUACGGGUGGAAUUUUAGUAUUUCUCAAUGGAAGAAAUAUAACAACACUUAUAGUUCUACUUAAAGUAUUAGAUUUUGCAUCGGACGUGGCAUUCUUAAUGAAUACUGUAAGUGCUGCUCCUGACUUAUUUUUUCCAAGCAUCAUGACGUUAGCAGUACCAGCAGUACUUAAUCUAUCAUUUGUACUUGGAGUAAUGGUGCAACAAACUCAACAAACGAAUAAAAGGGAUUUUAGGGAUUGGCUAAGAAAACAUAUUUUUAUGACAACAAUAAUUACAAUGUUGUCUAUGGUCGAUUUAAUAAUUAUGAAAUUAUUCGUAGAUAUCACUAUAUUCAAUUCUAAAGCAAGAAAAUUGCUACUCGAAGCUGGUAUAUUCAAUAUUUUUAAAUAUAUGCUUCAAUUAGUCAUUCUUAUAUUAUUUAUCAAGGAUGCAGGAAUAAAUAUGUUAUUAUUAUUGACCCUUUUUACUAGGUUUACAAGUUUAUUAUUCAAUAUAAUCUAUGGAAUUUACGACCUAAUAUCAUUUGAUUCAGAAGUUUCUCAUAUCCUUUAG